AUCGCUGCCCGGCGCGUAUAUAGUUGUCAACAAUUAUCCUACUCAGAGAACCUAUUGAAAUGAGUGCUAUGUCCUCUGCUGAACAGGCUAUGAGGAAUGCAGGCGGCGCUCCGGCUUGCCUCCGAUGUCGACAGCAAAAGUUGAAAUGUUCCCGAGAACGGCCAUCAUGUGCAAGAUGCAACAGGGCUCGUCAAGCGUGCCACUAUGCAGCGCCACCAGACAGGAGGAGGAUAGCUGCUCGUCACGCGGGGAGACGCAGAAACAGAGAGGGCCAGAACCCAGAGCACCAGCCAACCAAUGAAUGCUCUAAUUUACCAACGAAUUUUAAAGAUGUGUCGAUUCUACAAAACGAUUCAAUUGGAAAGAGGUAUACUAAUACUUCUAAUUCCUCUAUCUUUGGCCCGAUGGACGGCAAUGGGAUUGCCAUGCACUCUAAGCACGCUCUCGUGUCCCGGGAGGUAGCUAUGCUACUAAUCGAGAUUUACUUCCAAAGGCACUACCAGGCAGCGCUUCUUCUCGACAAGCAGCGCUUCCUUACAGAUUAUUCUGCGAGCUCAGACCCGAGCUUUCUAUCCUUGGCAGUGUUUGCAUUCGCUUCAUUAUUUCUAGAUAUGUCCGAUCAAGCAUCUCUUGCCAAAACAUGUAUUACAAUUGACAAUCUAUAUCAAACUGACUGGGCUGCUGUUGGAGAACAAUGGGCGGAGCUUGCGAGUCGUGAGGCUUUGGUAUAUGCGGAUAAACCAUCUGUUAUGCACGUUCAAGCCCUUCAGACUACAGGACUCUUUUGGUUUGCCAAAUCACAAAUAGCGCGGGCUGCUAUGCACUUUAAUACUGCCUUACAAUGCGCUUAUAUGCUCGGAUAUAACAAGAUCCAUGUUUCUGAGGCAGCGCCACUGCUUUCACAAGACGAUAAACGACGCAUCUCGUGCUUCUGGGCUUGUUGGCUGACCCAAUGCAGCAACCAGUCCACAGCUACAUAUUACAGGUGCUGGAAUAGCGUUGCUGGUCUUCCUGCGCUGGUCAGCAGCAACCAAGCGGGCCCAGAGGUUCAUGAGCAUAUGUUUUUCGAUGAGCUAGGAAAUCUCCACUCAAAGUCAUCUACUAUAAGCAACGAGAGACACAACAAUAAUACACACUUACUGCAGAUGUUUGGACUCUGGUCGGAAAUACGCGAAUUCGUGAUUAGCUUUACAGAGAAAAAAAUCCAGGAUGACACUACAUGGAUACCGCGCCUCUGGGCACUGGAUGACCGCUUGGAAUCUCUUCUGCAGAACCUGCCCGACGCCAUCCGAUACCCAGGCGGUGAUAUCGGAGAUUACAGUGCAUUACAACAAGCGAUAAACGAUGACUUGCAAACAUUCAACCUUGGAUAUAUGUGUCAUAUGCUGUUCUGCUUUCUACACGCUACUGUGAUACCAGCCUUAUCCGGGAGCCUGGCGGCUCAAGGUCUGCCAAGACAUUUGGCACGAGCAUCAUCAAAGCAAAUCAUCGAUCAUUCUUUGACGAUGAUGAGCAUGGCGAGGACUUUACUCUCCAAAUCACUCGAUCUAUCUCAGCUUUGGCCUGUUGUAGGCUACGCCGCACAAUUUUGUGUUACAGUUCAGAUACGCUGCUCCCAAGCUACCGGUUCAUCUGGGCCGCGGUUUUUAGAACAUGCACAACCAAACUUGGCCCUAUGCAAGGAGCUACAAAAGUACUGGUCGUCUCUCCGAGCCUUGAACCAUUCUUUACAGCACGAACUAACAGAAGCUAGAGGAAGCCAGGUUGCUAGACCCAACGACUCCUCUAUGUUCGAUGCACACAUGAACGCUACAGAUGUAGAAAAUUGUGCUGUGGAACUAUUGGGUUCUAAGUCGCUCAGAAUCUUGUCGACCAAUGCUCAAAGUGUUUAUAUGAAUUUCUUGGGCGAUGCAUGGGCGACUCGCGAAAAACAUCAUCAAGUUGAUCCGGCUCAAAACGACACAGAGCCCCAAGAUCAGUUAAACGCCAACCAUGGUCUGCAGCGCUACAACAGUCAGAUACAAAGCUCGGUCUCUUUAACAGACGCCAGUGUUGCUCCUACCGCAGCCAAUUCGCAGAUAUUUGUAUGGGACGACAGCUUCUUUAACGAUUCCAUGUUCUUGUUAUAAAUUUAGCUAGAACUGUACACCACUUUCUUUCCUUCUGUUAAAAAAUGGGAAAAAGGAUUUGAUUCCAACACUGAGUUCAAGACAUAGACAAUGAGUUAUCGGCGGAGCCUAUGCGGUAGUCUUCCAGACGCAAUACUGAUCUCUUGCGAAACAAUGCCAUGCAGAAGUGUAUAAUCGGAUGACAUGCUAAUCAUAUCAAAUCCUUGGUCGGCAGCAGCUUUGCCUUGCUCGCCAGUUGAACAAUAUAUUCCAACCUUCUUGCCAGCUCUGUGACCAGCUUCAAGAAUCUUUGCAAUUGCCACCUUGAGCUCUUCUGAAACUGCGCCGUCAAUGAUCGGAUGGCCAAUGUUAUUCGCUGUUGUAUACAUUAGCUUUAUCAUAUCGCAAGCUAUGAGGUCAAACCCUACUACCUUACCUAAGUCCGAGAUACCAAUAAAGACCACAUCAAUACCAUCAACAGCUGCAAUCUCGUCAACAGCGUCGAGAGCUUCCUGCGUCUCAAUAUGCACCAUUGUCAGUAGCGCGUCGUUUGCCUGCUGGAGAUAUUCUGUAAGAGUAGGGACAGGGGUGAAUCGGUCAAGAGGUAUAGGCGAUCCGUAGCCUCUGGUGCCUCGCGGAGGGAAUUUGGCGCACUUAACAACCUGUCGCGCCUCCUCUACGGUACGCAGCUGAGGUACGAGAAUCUUGUCUAGUUGUUAGUUUACGUGUGUACUGUUCACAGAGCUCUACCAAUAUCACCUCUACUUACGCCAUGCGCGCCGGCAUCCAGGGCGCCUGUUAAAAAAAGUUAUCAGAACACUUAUUCAGUUGUCAUAUUCCAGUAGAGAGAUUGAACGCACGCUUGAUCAUCCAGGGCUGCAUAUCAGGAAGUCUCACGAUCGGCGAGGCGCCUGCUGCCGCGACGGCGGGGACAGUAUGAUGCAUGCCAGUAUCUAUCGGACCAAUAAUUAGUGUUCGGGUUGUUCAAUAUAAAUGUUGCUCUCUUCAUUUUUUUUUAAAUUGGUUUUUACGAACCGCUGAUAUAUCCAUGCUCGCAGUCUAUCAUGAUCCAUUCACAUCCCGACCGAGCAAGAAGCCUCGAGACGUUGGCAUCUGGUAUCAUCUGCCAAAUUCCAAAGCUCUGUCGGUUCUCGGAAAAGGCUCUCAACAAUGUAUUAGAAGCCUGCAUGGUACCAAGAUAUUAAAUAAGAUAAUGGUCUUAAUAUGGUAGAUAAUAUAGGUACGCGACUGCUUGAACGCUGUUGACCGUGUCUAAUGCUUUGGCGUUCGGUGGAGCCAUG